UAAAAAUAAUUUAAAAUGAACAAAGGUAGUUUCAAAUCAAAGAAAUCACGGAUUUCUUCAUAUAUAAAACCAACGAUUCGAAAGAAGAAGAGCAAGCCCAGAAACACUUCAGGUAGCAAAUCGACUAAAACUGCUACAAUUCGCCAUACAAGAAGUGGGCUUAGGACAAAGCCUAAGAACACCGAAGCGACCGAAAAGCGUGCAAAAUACGAUAAUAAUUAUGCCCAGCCCUUUGAAGAUUAUAACGAAAAAUUUAAAAGUCUCCAAAUAAAUGAUGAGAAUAAAGACAAUGUGACACACUCAGGUCAGAUAAAAGAAGUCUAUAGUAGGGAAAAGACAUCUGAGAGCAAUAAAUACCUCCUCCAGGCCCAAGAGAAAUCUAGAAUUUCUACGAAUUUUAACAUGGAAACUGAAAUAAUGGGUACUAUUGCAACGGAAAGAGCAGCUUCAAGAAGAGAGCCCAUGAAUGAAGUUUAUGAGGUCCCGAACAAUAUCCAUUCUAAGCAUAAAAGGAAGCAAAGUGCUAAUAUUCCUUAUAAAAUGUCUAAGCCGCAUACUAACAUCGAAAAGCUCUCUGGCGGAGACCGAAGCGAUUUGAAUUACCAACAAAAUAACCGUCAAUUUUUGAAUACUGAUGUUAUGAAUGAUGAAGAUGAAGAAUGAAAUAUUGGAGAUGAGGCCGAGGAAGCUCCUGAAUAUUGAUACAACAACACACUUAUCCAACCCAAUCCUAAUCAGAAGAGCAUCAAGAUAGGCAGUCGUGAUCGGAAUUUAAGAGGCAAUACAAUGAAAUCAGAGUCUAUUAGCCGUAGGACUUCUAAACAAAAUAAUCCUCAUCACCAGUACGGUUUCAGUACCCAACAUGAUGACAACUUUCUAAGUCUUGAGUGUGACGAAAAUUUAUACGAAGAAGACCACAUAAUUUACAACUUGGAGGAGGAAAAAGUCGGUAAUCAUCCUCCAAAAAGUAAGCAAACUUUUGUAGGGCCUCAGGCUACAAAAGAGCACCAGCACAUAAACAACCAUCAGAAUAAUAUUGCUAACGACACUAUUCCUGACUUUGGUUACAUGAGCAACCACAAGGAAGAAGAUACCAGCUCACAGUUAAGAAAUAAUCAGAUCAUUAUAAAUAAAGAGCAGCCAGAAAUCAGAACCAAGAAAAUUCCUCCGAAGAAUUGUUCAAGCAAUGACGAAAACAUGGACCCUUUCAUCUCCAUAGCCAUGAAUCCGGAAGAAGAGUCUCCAGCAAAACUUGACGAUAAGGCCCAAGAGGAUGAAGAAUUUUCUAGAAGAAUUAGCUCCAUUGCAGAACAGUAUGAUUUUAACUACGGAUUUAACCAAGGUGAGGAAAAUCCAGAAGAUAAUGAAACAGAUUUCAUGUUCGCUCAUAUUGACUGAGAUGGAAUUAUUGAUGAAGACCUCCAUAGCCAAAGCAAGUCAAGUGAUAAGAAUAAAUCUGCCAGUAUGGAAGAUGAAGAGAGUAAUUAUCACCAGUCAAAAGAGUUAAUGAAAUCGUACAGAACUAAUGAUCAAAUUGAUACUUCUCAGCAAGAAAAUUAUCAGACACAAACUGUAAAAUUGCCUAUGACAGACUUAGAAGAGCAGAGGUCACUGGCUGCUUCAAAGCUUUUGAAUUAUCUGAUAUCCAUCGAGGGAGUGUAUGCUCCAGAUCCUUCUUACUUCCAAAACAGUCAGCCUGAAAUCUCUAGCAUCAUGAGAGCAAUUCUCCUAGACUGGAUGAUGGAAGUCUGAAACGAAUUUACGCUCAAACGAGAGACUUAUUAUUACUCUGUAAAUUAUGUAGACAGAUUCCUUUCAGCCCAUUACCAUGUUAAGAAGGAAGAGCUCCAAUUAAUAGGAGUUACUUCAAUGUUUAUUGCAGCCAAAACUGAAGAGGUCUACUCGCCCAGAGUUGCCGACUUCGCAAAAAGCACAGAUAAUGGAUACGAAGUUGAGCAAAUUGUAGCAAUGGAAAAAUUGAUGAUUAAAGAGCUUGGCUGGUAUAUGACACCUCCUACUUAUUCUAUGUGGGCAAACUGGUACAUGAACCAAUGGGAUAUUUUCGUUAAUACAAACGAAUAUGCAAUGUCACAUGUUAUUAUUCAAAACUGUCCAGAUCUUACUUUCAAAUCUUCCAACCAAGCUUCAUACACAAGGUUCAGGGAGGUCAUGCAGAUAAUAGAUCUUAUUAUUUUAGAUUACAACUGCCUAAUGUACCAGGCAAGAGGGCUUGUUGUAUCAAUCAUGUUCCUAAUUCUCGGUGUUCAUUCUGAAGAGUAUGAUAUUUAAAAACAUCUGAAACGAAUUUCCAUACUCUUCAAAUGGUUUUCUCGAUAUGGAAUCAGAAUUUAAUCAAUUAUUCAUCGAAUUUAUCUACCUAAGCUUCGGAUUCCAAUUGCAUGAUUUGGCUCCAACAAUCCAGUAUGUAGCUUCCUUCAUGGACAUUCCUUUCAACUAUGAUAUGCCUAUGUGCUUCCAAAACAAGAACGCCCUCGAAGGUCACUUCGAGGAAUUUUUGAGUUACCAAACUCACCAUCCUUUAGCUCUAAAGUACAUAGAGCAAAGGAUAAACAACUCUCAAGGCUAUUAAGCAGAUUUGUUGUUAAUACAUCUUCUCCCCAGCUUCUACCCUAACGAAGCCUGAGACAUCAGAAGAUGUACCGUAAGAAAGAAGAUCAAGCUGCCCACAUCCACUUCAGUAUGUUUCUUCCUCCUUCUCAGCGGCCAAAUUAAUUUUUCUGAUCAAUUAUAGAGU